AUGGCCAAUAACAACUUGGACUUGCGAAUGAACCCUCAAAUGGAGCAGAUCCACGGUGAAAUUCGCGACAAUUUUCGUUCCCUAGCAAAUGGGUUCCAGAAGCUGGAUAAGAUCAAGGACUCCAACAGACAAAGUAAACAGCUCGAAGAACUUACUGGCAAAAUGAGGGAGUGUAAAAGAUUAAUCAAAGAGUUCGACCGUGAAAUUAAAGACGAGGAGACCAGAAAUUCUGCGGAAGUAAAUAAACAGCUUAAUGAUGAGAAGCAGUCCAUGAUCAAAGAGCUGAACUCCUAUGUGGCCUUGAGGAAAACUUAUAUGAGCAGUCUCGGCAACAAGAGGGUUGAACUUUUUGAUAUGGGAGCAGGUGCUAGCGAACCUACAGCUGAAGAAAAUGUUCAGAUGGCAUCAGCUAUGUCAAAUCAGGAGCUUGUCAAUGCUGGAAUGAAGACUAUGGAUGAAACUGAUCAGGCCAUUGAACGCUCCAAGCAGGUGGUUCAUCAAACAAUUGAAGUGGGGACGCAAACUGCUACCACCUUGAAGGGCCAAACUGACCAAAUGGGUCGCAUUGUCAACGAGUUAGAUACCAUUCAGUUCUCACUGAAGAAGGCAUCACAACUUGUCAAGGAGAUUGGCCGGCAGGUGGCUACGGAUAAGUGCAUCAUGUUAUUUCUUUUCCUGAUUGUCUGUGGAGUGAUUGCAAUCAUUGUCGUUAAGGUAAUUCCAUGUUUAUAUUUGUCAUUAUUCUUUUAUGAUUGCAGCAUUUGGAUUCGUGCAACAUUAGGUCUUUUUCCGGCUAAAUUUGUUGGAUGAUAUAAGCCUCCUUAGUGUUUGCGGAAAAUGUGGCUAGUGGACUGUGUCAAGUGGCCUUGACGUUUAAAGGAAUCAAAGUUUUAGUUUUUUUGGGCAAUAAUGUCUACGCAUCCUUCUUUGGCUAAUUUCGUUGGUUCAGAGAAUUCGUCUGUAAUUAGUUGUAUGACAAUGCACCCUCUUUUUCCUCCAUGAUUCGUGUGGGGGGGUAAGAUAUUUAUUACACGUCCAUUGCAUCUGACUGGUAUUUGUGUGAUUCCUAGAUCGUCAAUCCCAACAACAAAAGCAUACGGGAUAUCCCUGGGUUGGCGCCACCAGCUCCAGCAGGAAGGAGACUAUUACAGUUGUAUCCCACAGCACCCUUUUGAGCAGGUUUUUGGUGGUUGCAAAAAGGGAGAGAUUUUAUUGGAGAAUGGCACGGGGAUUUUCUUUUUUUUCUCUUUUCUCCCCUUGGAUGUGCGGCUUCUGUGAUUUUUAGUUUGCACCCCGUCCCCUAUAUUCUUAUUACAUUGAGAUGUGCAUAUCAUCGGAUUGUGGUUCUUCUUAGUGUAAAGUGUCUGCUUGAUUUGUUUUACUUCCUCUCUUCCCUUUUGUUUUCUUUGCCAUUUUUCGGGUUGUUAUUGCUUGGUUUGGGUCUGUGUGGUUGUUAGAGGCCUGGGGGACUGCGGACUCUUACUGUUGUAAACUUCCCCAGCUAGUAGCAGUAGGGAACAGAAAUCUGAUGUCGGCCUUUUACUUUCUAACGAUUGUACUUCUACGUUGAAUGUGCAGUGUUUGUAUUAAAGCACAUCUUUAUGUAUAUUCUUUUAGUUCAUCUUUUGAAUGAAUGAACAUUGCAGUAGCAGCAAGGAUGAGGAUUUAGGUAAAUACCAUAUUACUGUAAUGUCCGUUUCAAAAUCUUUAUUCUUUACUACUGACUGAUAAUCUCUCUGUUCAGAAAGGAUUGUUGUUCGGAAUCUCAGUUCUAAUAUUUUUUAGUACAAAUUGUACGAAAGAUGAAAAUUCAAACAAGA